GAAAUGGAGACUGUUUCUCCUUUAAACCAAUUAAAAACAUGAUCAAAAAGAUCUCUUGAAAAUGUAUGUACUUGAAAAAUAAAGACGAAAAUUUGGAAGCAAAUAUUGAUACGUAAAUAUUUUUCAUAGAAUUUGUUGUGUAUUUUUUUUUUUUGCAUUUUAUUGUAGGCAUAUUUUUAGCAUUUUUGACAGCGAAUGUGGCAAAUUUUGGCAGAUUUUUUUUCCAGUCUGUGGCAGAUUCGCUAUUAAUGAGAUGAUCACACUGUCAGUUUUUCGGAAUCCGGUCUAAACAUUGUGCUUUUGUAUUUUGGAAUAAUUCGGUGAUUGAAUUGAUGGUCCUAAAUGCAAACUGAAUGCUGUUCUGUGCCCAUCUGCUACAGUUAAUGUUUGAAUAAAAAGUGUAUUGCAGUGAAGGAUUUGCUGUGGAUGGUUCUGGGAACAUAGUUUUGUCCUGAGUUGGCAACAGGUAACUGGACCAUCCACAACGCAGAUCCACGACAACAUUGCCUAAAGAGUGUAGCUAGUUUAUGCUGGAUUAUCCUAAAAGAGGAUUGAGUGUUCAGCCAUCAUGUCGUCAGGUGACCUGAAUAACAUCAAUGAAUUGUUCUUUCAAAAUCAUGAUGAAAUUAAGAUGUGGACAGAUGGACAGAGCGAUUUUAUUGAACUCUCUCCAUCUGAUUACGAGCAGAGCAUAGAUAUAGGAGACAACGGUGGCAAAGCAACACCAUUUAGUGAUAACUAUAGUAAUAACGACACACUCGAUGUAAUAGAACUACAGACGUCCAACAUGGAAUUUCCUAUAUCACCAUGCGGCCCACCGAAUAGGAGUUGCUUCCCGGGAAAGUACAAUUUCCAAGUGGAAAUAAACAGCGCUGAUACACAUAAGAAGAAAUAUAUGUACUCGACGGUGGUGGAGCGGCUGUACGUGGACGCAGGGUGCGACUUCCCCAUCCACUUCCGGUGGGAGGGCGCGGGCCCGCUGUGGGUGCGCGCGUGCGCGGUGUUCGUGGAGCACGAGCAGGCCGAGAAGCGCGUCGAGACCUGCCCCAACCACGACCUCACCAAGCGCGAGCCCGGACACGCAGUGACGCCCCAAUUCAUAACAAAGUGGAAGAACGUGCUGCACUCGUCCCGCAACGACGACACGGACGGCGUACACUACUGCGGCGACAAGAGCUCGUGGUACUCGGUGGUGGUGCGCUUCGACGACGCUGCCGACAAGCGCAGCCACGCGUACCGCUUCGUGUGCAAGAACUCCUGCCCCAUGGGCAUCAACAGGCGCUCGCUGGCCGUCAUAUUCACGCUCGAGGAUCUCAGCGGCACAGUACACGGGCGGCAGAUGGUGAACGUGCGCGUGUGUGCGUGCGUGCGUCGCGACAUGCACAGGGACGAGCAGGCCGCGCUCACACUCAAGCGGGAGCGUGAAGCCAACGACCCCGCCGACCCCGCCGACCCCGCCGACCCCCGCGAACAACACAAACCGCCCAGGGGCAAGAGGAUCAAGACCGAGCCGCUCAACCCCAACGAUGACGACAAGGUUGUGGAACUGCCCGCUUUCAAAGUUCGCGGUGUGGCUGCCGCCAUCUUGGGUCUCGAAGCGAUGACCAACAUGAUGGAGUUAUACAAGAGAAAGACCACCGAUACACAAUUGAUCACAGAGACAGAGAAAUACAUCACUAACGUUAAGAAUAUUAUAAAUAAGGUGAAAAAUGAUUCCCACACGCAACCGAACCCGUAAUUUGCGGUGCUCAAAUUGUUUUUUAUAGAUUCUUUUUUAUGACAUUUUAAAUUUUAAAUCGUAUUGAUUAAGUUUAUGCUCGGGACUGAUUACGAGAAUAAAACUAUAGUUUUUUUUUUUUUUUGCGCAUUAAGCUAAUUCAGCUUUUAUACAAAGCUAAACUAUGCUCCAAUAUCCGAGUUUCUCAUACUAUAUUUAUAUAUCAUGGAAUCGUAAUGAUCACUUGUAACAAAAACAAACUUACAAUUAUAAUUUAUCAUCGAUAUUAUGACAUUUUCAAUAGUAUAGUCAUGCAAUAAAACAAAUCGAAAGAAUCAAAUAAUCGAUUUUACAUUGAUUACUACCAUUGGCAUCACUAGAUUGUCUAUGGUCCAGACAAUUUUGUUUACUUUUUAAUUCUAUUGAAGCAAAGUAUACAAUAAACGUACAUACUUUUACAUUAAUAAUAUUAGCAAAAAACCUCGUUGUUGGUCCUGAGUAUGAUGAUCAUCAUGAAUAUGAUGAUGGGGUCGUUUCUGAAGUGCCAUUCUCUUAAACUUCUCUCUGAGACUAAUAUUUUAAUUUGAUAGUUUCGGGAUAAUAAACUUAUAAUAAUGUUGACUUAAAUCUAUUAAAAAAAUUACUUUAUAUCGGCUUUAGAAUAAAGAUGUAGAGACUACAGUAUGGGGUUCUUCAAAAAGGGUAUAUUAAGGUUUCUUCAGGUUGACAAGGAGUACGUGAAACCCGUAGUGUUGCAGGCGUCCAUAAACUACAUUGACCGUUUAUCGUCAGACAGGCUGUAUGCUUGUUUGACAUUUUAUCUUAAUUUUUAGAGAAUGGCGCCUCAAAAUCGGCGCCAAUGUUGUUCAUUUAUUCUUUAAGGCAUAUUCAUAAAGUAGAUAAAUGUAGAUCAUGAAUGAAUCUAUUUUUAAGGUUAUCGCCUAAUGAUGAUUUGUAACAAAUUUGAGAUGGAAUAUUGUAAUGUAAUCACGCCGCCUUAUAGUUUCUUGUAGUGGACUCUGGAAAGAGAUCAUUUUAGGUAUAAGACUGCCAUUGUAUUCUUUUUUUUUUUAUUAUGACUGUUACAAUAAAGUAUUACAAAUUUACAAUAACUAUAUAUUAGGUAUUAGGCAUGGGUAAUACGGAUAUCGAUCCGAUAUAUAUAUAUUAGGUUUCUCUGGAUAUUGAUGGCGAAAAAAUAUCGUCACCCAUUUCUUUAUCACUUAUAUUGGUCGGAUAUCUUUUUGAAUAUAUUAAAAGUUAUACAACAUUGCUUUUCGGAUAACAUUAAAUAUUCGUUCUUGUACCAGUAUAUAGAUAUUGUAACUAAAAUAUAUAGAUAUUGCUAUAUAUUGCCGACUCCUACUACAUAUCUAUAGUAUUUAAAUGGUUAUUCAUAUAUUUUUCAUAUCUGAUAACGAGUAAAACAAUUCAUUUUUAUGUAUAACAUAUUUGAUGCCAUUUAUAAUAUUGCAAUAUUACAGAUCGUAAAUAGAUUUACAAAAAUUAAGAUAUCAAAAAAAAAAUAUUGAACUUUCUCCUGUUUUGAAGUCGCUUAAAAAAUGUUUGACGUUAUUGUGCGAAAUUAUUGUUAACAUAUUUUAUUAAAUUAGGUAUUAUUUUGCGGUAAACCAUCAUCAAAUCACUGGAUUGAUUACCAUUAUAGUUAGUAGAACUUCUACAAAUAAUAAUAGUGAUCAAUCUUCGAGUGUUAGCAUACUAUACUAACGGUAACGGAAUCAAACAAAAUAAUUACUAUCAAAUAACCAGUGAUAACAUAUCAGAAAUGAAACGAAAAUCAUUGUAGUCGUGAAUAAAUAUUUUUAUUCCUUAGCAAUGAUAUAGUAUAUAGUUUUGUAAUGUCAACUCAAAACUACAUUAUAUAUUGGCCAGUGAUUUUUAAUUGUAAAUGAAUGUUGUUUAAACAUUUAGUCAUAUAUAUAUUAGUAAUGAAGCUCAACUAUGUCAUUUAGUCCCCCUUAGUUUUAUUAUUACCAUAGAUUGAAUGUACGAAACAUUUUAGUUUUUGUUAAGCUGUUUUUGUUAACUUGAACUGCCUCGUAGAACGUAACGUAAUGUUUACAUUGUAUUUUGCUAAUACCACAUGAGUCUAAACUUAUUUCUGAAAUUAAAAUUUUUAUUUGAUAUUUUAUCAAAACUAUUAGGGGACGUUCGAAUAUUUCGUAACGAAAUUUUUGAAGAUUUUUGACCCUUUCUCCCACCUUGGAACGUGCCAUAAUGUUUCCCUAUACCCCCUCCCCCUCAACAAACGUUAUGUGUAACAUCUGAGUGACCAUUUUUGCCUAAAAGUCACAACGCUAACGAAUACUAACAACGAAAAUAAAAUAAAACUGACAUGCGAUACAGUCUAGGGAUUACCCGUAGGACAUAAAGGACAAUGAUUGCCAACUUGUUAGAUUAAUUACCCUAGUUCUUUAUUUAAAUAAAAAAAAUCAGUCUCCCUCUCCUAUAAUGCUUCGUAUCGUUGUACAAGACCUCCACACGCCCAAAUUGCUUUACGUAAUACUUGAACGCCGCCUUAUUGUAUUGAACGACACAGUAUACUCUGUUAUGUCCAUGGUACUGCUCAUGUCUAUAGGCGAUGAAUACCAUUUUCCAUCAGGUGGGUCGUCAGCUUGUUUGCCAUUCUAAGUUGCAUAAAAAAAAAAUAGUUAAAUGUACAGUAGUUGUGACGGAAUUCUAUUCAUAUUAGUGCUGCUUCUUAGAAUAAUUAUCAUUUCACUGUAAUGUCAAAUUGAAGAUUUAAUUUCGGAAUCGAAUCCAUUAUAACCAGUUACAUUUUUUUUAUACAACUUAGAAUGGCAAACAAGCUGACGGCCCACCUGAUGGAAAGUGGUAACCGUCGCCUAUGGACAUGAGCAGUACCAAUGUCUGUUUUGCCCCUGAUACCCCCCAUGCGUUGCCAUUCCUGAGGACUCAGGUGUUAUUCCUCUGUACCCAGUAAAUUCACGCCAUAUCCCACCCUUUAAAUUGAAACACAGCCAUGCAAACACAACUGCUUCACGGUUGAAACACGAAUGGGACAGA